AUGCCGAAAAUCACGAGCAAAGCAUUAAGUUCAUCUGCACAGCGAGCAUGCAUCAACUGUCAGAAGAGAAAAACUCGGUGUUUUCGACCAGAGAGUGGACCAUGUUCCUACUGUACAAGGAAAGGGAAGACGUGCAGUUUCGAGAGUCCACCGGAUCGAACUCCAUUGACUAGGAAGAAUCUAGAUCUCGCUGAACAUCGGUGCGCUCAGCUCCGAUCACUCUUGCGCUCGCUAAACCCAGAUGUUGACAUCAAAGCUGCUUUGGAACAAUUUAGCUCUGAACCAGGCGUUGCGGAUUCGUCAACUUUAGAGAGAAAUAUAGAGCUCACUCCCGAUAGCUACGAGUGGUACGAGGGGUCAUUGUCUCCAGAGGAAGCGUCGCCAGACGGUGAUGACGCCAUCGCCACUGAUGGGAUGGCCACACUUUCAACAAACGACUCGGGCUACUUGGGGAGUAGCUCCGGCUCACGACUUUUGGAAGAGAUAGACCCCACAAUCACAAAUAGGACAAGGCAAAGAGGGCGACGCAGAUCUCAUCGAAGGUUUAACCGACCGGGAAUCCCACUUCCUGAGUCCUCAAGUUUCGCGAUCUGCCAUGCUACUAGCCAUCUAAUCGAUGCUUAUUUUCAACUCUACAAUAACCAUUUUCCCAUUCUGCAUGAGAAAACAUUCCGCGAUAAGGUCACGGCAAGCCAGCAACAAACCCCGCCAAUCUCCCCAUGGCGUGUCACGUACUACAUGGUCCUUGCUAUUGGUCACUGGGCAUCGAGCAAGGAGUCGGAGCAUCAACAGUCAAGAUUCUAUGCGGCUGCACGAUCCAGCCUUUCGAUACAGAUGCUUGAAUCUGGAACCGUGGAAACGGUGCAAGCAUUCUUGCUCAUGGGGAACUAUCUCCAAAAGAGAGACCGAACAAAUACCGGCUACAACUUCAUUGGUCUUGCAUAUAGAAUGGCGAUUGGGUUGGGCUUACACCGAGAGCCUACUGGGAUAGAGGACACCAUUGGACAUGAGAGGCGACGGCAACUCUUCUGGACCAUAUAUUGUUUUGAAAGUGGAUUCAAUAUCACCACCGGUCGUCCCCCCACAAUUGUGGAUGGGUUCAUUGACAUUCGACUUCCAAGGAAUGUUGAUGAUAAGGCUAUCGCAUUAACAUCGCAAGUUCCGCCGGAGGUUGACUAUCCAACAACGUACUCAGCAAUCAUCGCCCAGGCUCAGCUAGCCAAGCUUGCUGAUGCCACUUAUCACGAAUUCCUUCUAGCCAAGACCGCUGGAACUCGAAUUGAGUACAGACUAGCCGAGUCUAUGGAACGCGAUCUCUUCUGCUGGUAUAAAAGCUUGCCAAGCUAUUUUACUUCGAUGGAUGUCCCCUCGUGGUUUCGUGGGCCACGAGCUGUUGUCCUCUGGAAGGAACAAAAUUUGCGGAUUCUACUUUGGCGUGGCAGUCAAAGACAACACAGCUUUCUACCGACAAAGAUAAACGCAGAUGAAAAGUGCCUAAAUGUCGCUAUGGAUAGUAUCCACGACAUUGCUACAUUUUGCACUGUUCACGAAAGCAAUCUGUAUCAAAGCCUGGCGUGGUACGCCACGUAUUUCUUGUUGCAGGCCACAUUAGUCCUCGUGGCUGGUUUUCUUGACAAAACUUCCCCAAUCCAGCCAGAGUCAUCCGAGCUGCAUCACUCAGUCUUUCAAUCUCGAAACUGUCUCAGAAUGCUAGCUGCUAGAAACAAGUCCGCGGCUCGCUAUCUGGAGAUGCUCGAUCUUAUUUGCAGUCAAGUCCAGUCCCCGGUUCCGGAGUUGGAGCUAGAUCAAUUCGCAUAUGACCUUUCCCACAUGCCGAUGGGGGCAAGCUUCGGUGACCCAGGGAGCGAUAUGCCUGGUCAUGUACAGAACUUUGUUGAUCUGCCAAGUGAAAAUGAUUUCAUGCUUCCUGGAGAAAAUCAAUUCACAUUGAAUGAUGAUGAUACCACUGAUCCAAACCUGCGCAUGCUUAUCAACCAGGUUUCUCAGGAUUUCACCGGGAGUAUGCCUCUUGAUCUUCUUUUCAAUGAAAUCGGAUGA